UAUUGAUCUAUGAUGUUCCGAUCACAAUAAAAGAGUCUAGACGAGUUUGUCCACCCCUACUCCGGAAUUGACUCAACCAAGCUAUUCAGCAAUUCUGCCCACGUUACUGUACAAUGCAAGUUGCAGCAGUCGGUCCGAUUAAUCGCCAAGAAAGUAGAACUUUACAAAAAUCUCUCAGUUUCAGGCGGAAACUAAUGGCGCAACUUGACUCUGUUUAGAUGAAAGUUAUGGGGAGCAGUAAUUGAAACCUGUUUUAAUCAGUGCAAUUAUUUAUCAGUUGAGCAACGAAAAGAUUCAAUCGAGGAAAAGUAUUUGAGUCUUCUUUCUGCGGCAUAAUUGCAACAACGGGAGGUGUUUCUCCAACCGCACACUUUACUCAACAGGAAGAUUCAGAGCAGCUGAGAUGAGGCUUGUCACUUCGGUGAUUUUUGUCCUCUGUUUUCUUCCAGUGACUUUGUUUGAAGAGAUUCCAGGAUUCAACAUCAAGAAUGUUCGGCUGGAUAAAUGUAUCCAUGCAAAUAGUCAGAACAAUCGAGUGUCUCUCACUGAGUGUAAUGAAAAUUCCAAACAGCAGCUUUGGAGAUGGGAGUCCCGCCUAAAAUAUAUUGUCAGCCUCAAAACCAACCAGUGUCUCACUGUUCAUAAACCCAAUGAACUUGGAGCUGUGAAAUUGGAGCCCUGUGAUGGUCGCCACCGCCACCCCCAGGAGUGGACAUGCAGCAAACGGGGUCAUUUAACUCUCGAAGGCUACAGUUUGCAUCUUAGUGUAAAGCACAAGACAAACAAAGUGCACGUUUCACAGGAAAAAGGCAAAUUAAACAAGUGGCGUACCUUGAAAGAUGAAACCAUCUGUACAGAGACGGAUCAAGUUUUGCAACGUGAAGAUAAUCAUAUUCAAGUUUUGGAAAAUCAGACAGCAAGAGUUGAAAAAUCAACAACAAUCCCUGUGACUAAUUUUGCCACAGAGACUUUCUAUUCAAUAUUUGAAAACUUCACAUACGCUAAAGAAAAUGAUAAAACAGUGACAUUUAAGUAUACUGAUGGAACAACUUGGAAAAUUGUCAUGGUGGUUCUGGGCGGGAUAACGUUGAGUCUGGGAAUGAUUGUACUGAUUCUGAAUAUCACUCAUGGCAAAAAGAAAUUAAAGGCUGGAAUUGUUGCUGACUCAGAUGAGAAAACGUCUUUGACAACUGGACUCAAACUCCAACAUGAUGUUUCUCGUUCCCCAUCUUUAAAACACGGAGAAAUACUGAUUGAAUGGAAAGAUGGCAAGAUAACAUCCCUUUUUGAUCAUAAUUGAGAUAAUAACUAUUAGCUUAAUUAGAAUCAGAGAUAGUUAUUGCAUGUAUUUGAAUGAGACAGAUGGAGCAAUGGAGUAAUGCCUUAUACUAAUGCCUUAUGCCUUAUAUGUAAUAAAUAAUCCAAACUGAUGUAUAAUGGUAAUACUUGUUUGCCAACAUUUUCUGGAGUGCAGUGUCCCAGGAACCCAGGGGGUUCAUUUAAACUUGCUGCAGUUUACACGUUUCCUUCAAGAGUGUUUUAUUGUCAUAUGUCCUGAAACGGAAGAGUGAAAUUCUUUCUUGCAGCAACAUAACAGAUAUGCAAACAUAGUUCUCUGUAACCACCAUCAUAAACAACAAAAUACUCAUUUCAGGAGGAUUGGCAUUUAGUAGAAACUUAGAUAACCUGAAGCGUCAUCCUGCGAGCAGCUCUCACGACCACAUGCUGGCCUUAUCUGCAGAGGGACCUUGCACAUUUAGAACCUGCUUCAAUAACUGCACCCUGGCCAGAAAUAGCAUACAUCUGAAUUUUGGAUGCUCAGUUUCAAUGUGUAAACUAUCUUGUUCUAUGUUCCUGAAUGUUUCUCUAAUA